AUGCUCAAGCAAGACUUCAAUCGACAGGAGCCAAAACGGCGGAUUGUUGGCGACCGCAAGCAAAAUGUAGCCGACGCCGCAUUCAAGGACGCCAGCUACCCCCAUCGCCUCAACUUUUACACGCAUGCCCCCACCGCCGACAUCACCCUUGAGGAAUUCGAGAAAUGGGCCAUUGAUCGGCUAAGAGUCCUCUCGGAACUUGAAGCCUGCUCGUUCCGCAACAAAUCUCCCGACGAAACCGCCGCCCACAUGAAACCCCUCCUCGAGAAAUACCUCCCCCUCUCCCCCAACUCCUCCUCCUCCACCAAGCUCUCCGAGCAGCGCAGAAAGGACCACUACAGCCACUUCAUCCUCCGCCUCGCCUUCUCCUCCACCGACGAUCUCCGCCGCCGCUUCGCCCGCGUCGAGACCAUGCUCUUUCGCCUGCGCUUCGAUGCCGACACCGAGCGGUCCGCCUUUGUAUCGAGCCUCGACAUCGAUUGGUUCGAGCCCGUUUCGGACGAGGAGCAGGCUGAGCUGAGGGAUGAUCUGCAGGCUAUCGCGGGCUUCGAUAAGAGGACGGGUGCUGUGGAGGAGACGUGGUAUAAGGUAGAUUGGAUGCGCGUGCCGGAUUUGGUGGAGUCGAGAAAGGUGCUUUUGAGGGGGGGGAAGGCGUAUGUGCCGAGUCGGGAGCAGGCUAGUAUGAUUAUCACCGAGUUUACGUCGAGGUUGGAGAAGCAGCUGGUUCUCACAUCCCAAGCGAUACCCGACCUCGACGAGGAUGACCGCCUCGUGCCCAUCCUCGACCACCUCUCCAAGAACUUCGUCACCCCCGACAGCUCCUACAUGUCCGGCUCCACCGUCCCCGAGGGUGCCGAGAUCAGCGCCCGCAACAUCGACAACCUCUCCCAGCACUUCCCCGCCUGCAUGUCCCACCUGCACCGCAGCCUUCGCCGCGACGCCCACCUCAAGCACUACGGCCGUCUGCAGUACACGCUGUUCCUCAAGGGCAUCGGGCUGAAUCUCGAGGAGUGUCUGAUCUUUUGGCGCAGCGGGUUCAGCAAGAUUACGGACGAUACUUUCAACAAGGAGUAUCGGUACAACGUGCGUCAUUGCUACGGUGAUGUCGGUGGUGAUUCGAAUCGUAGGGGUGGCGGGUAUAGCCCGUAUAGUUGCCAGAAGAUCUUGACAGAACAUGCUCCUGGUCCUGGGGAGGCGCAUGGGUGUCCGUAUAGGCACUUUGAUAUGGAUAAUCUUACGACGUUGCUGCAAGGUAUGGGGGUGACAGAUCGGUCGGUGAUUCAGGGUGUCAAGGAGGAUCGAGAUGGACGCAGGUAUCAUAUGGCUUGCAAUCGCGUGUUUGAACAUCUCCAUAAGCCGGAGAUUAAAAAGGCGAAAGACGAGUUCGUCAUGACAGCCGCCCAGCUUGAGACUAUCGUUCAUCCCAACGAGUACUUUAAGAGGAGCUAUCUCUUGAAGAACUUGGGGAAACACCGUGGAGGUGAUGCAGAUGUUAAAAUGGAGGAAUAG